AUCAAAGAUGACGUUUGUACUUUACUUUAUUACUUGUUUAUGCUGUUAUUCCUGAGCCUCGCCAAAUCUAAUUUCCUUUUUCUAGGGAUGGUCCGAUGCAGCGAUACCGAAAGAUUCUUUUAUUAGGUUGUAAGUGUCGUUCUGUUCGAUCCUUCGAUUCCGAAGCAAUACGUCUGAUCAUCUAAGCCAGCUUCGCUGUGAGUUAGUUCAUCCUGUCUUAAUACUGUAAAAUCCAACAUGCCAAGACGAAAGCAACAGAAGAAACCAGCGAUUGGUGAGGACACCAGAAUCGCAGUGAAUUUAACAAUCAGAAAGCUUCUGGCUGCUCCGGAACAAAAAGAAUUAGAAUUUCCGUCUUCUUAUACGGCUGAGGAAAGAGCUUAUAUCCAUGAUCUUGCCAGAGAACAUGGACUCAAGUCGAAAAGUCGCGGGAAAGGAACCAACAGAUUUUUAACUGUUUACAAGCGGGAAGGAUCAACUAUUGUUCAAGCAGAUGCCAUAAUAAAGCUACAAAAGUCCUCACGACAAGGGAUUUAUAAUUUAAUACAGAAAUUUCCCUUGAGCAAUAAGGAGAGACAGGAUUUACUCCCACCUACAGAGAGGGAACGCAUUAUUAACACAGAAGUCAACACGAAUACGAAAGCAAUGGGCCGUUUGAAUGGCGGAAUACCGCAGGUACCACAGCUUAAGACAAAUAUGGAUGUUUUACCAUUUCGCGAAUGUCUACCAGUCUAUAAUAUGAGAGAGGAGAUAAUGCAGGUUCUACCAUCAAGCCAAGUAAUUAUAAUAGCAGGAGAGACGGGAAGUGGAAAAACAACCCAAGUUCCUCAGUUCAUCCUAGACUACUGUCAGCAGAGGAAUCAAACAUGCAGAAUAAUAUGCACUCAGCCUAGAAGACUGUCAGCAGUCUCGGUAGCAGAGAGAGUAGCUUUUGAAAGAGAUGAAAAAAUUGGGCAAACAUUUGGGUAUCAAAUAAGGCUGGAGAGCAGAGUAUCUCCGAAAACGUUGCUCACUUAUUGCACCAACGGUGUUCUGCUCAGAACAUUAAUGGGUGGUGAUUCGGCGUUGGCUACAAUAACGCAUAUAAUCGUAGAUGAGAUUCAUGAGCGAGAUAGAUUUUGUGAUUUUCUUUUAAUCGCACUAAAGGAUGCCCUAGUUAAGUUUAGAUCUCUAAAAGUUGUCCUGAUGAGUGCCACUAUGGAUACAAGCAUAUUUCUGAAGUACUUCAACCACUGCUCAGUAAUUAACGUCCCUGGCAGACUUUACGACGUCGAGGUAUUGUAUCUCGAGGAUAUUCUCAAAGUGACUAACUACAUGACUAAGGAUAUGUCAGCUAAGAAGGAAAAAAUGGUCAACAAAAAGGACCAGAAGAAGGUUCUAGAGUCUUGGACCCAAUACAAGCCUGCAAACUCAACCAUCAAUUACAUAUCUGAAAGAAAUUUAAUACCAGCACCAAUUCUGGGCCAGCAAAAUCAACCCGUACCUGAAAGAGUUGAGCUUGAGCCAAGACUGGUAGAUAAAAUGGAUCGGUCAAUAUCAGAAGCGUGGCUGUGUGGUGGCGAAGACAACUUCACACAGUUACUGUAUUUCAUACAGUCGGAAAAUGUUUCUGUUGAUUACCAGCACUCAAAGACGUCGGUAACACCGCUGAUGGUUGCAGCAGGAAGAGGGUGCAUCGACACAACGGAGCGUCUCUUAAAUCUUGGAGCAAAUCUUAAUAUACGCUCGGUUAAUGAAUGGACGGCUUUGGACUGGGCAAGAAAAAUGAACCAGGUUGAAUGUGCCGAGCUUAUAGAAGCCUAUAUGAAGACAUACGACUGUGAAACGGCGUACGAGGAUGUUCCUCUUGAUAAAAACAUCCCCAUUUCGGAAGAAGACAAAAUGCUUCUCGACGUUUACCAUCACACAUUCAAUGAUGAGAAUGUUGACUACGAUUUGAUGUUUUCUCUAAUUCUUCACAUACACACGAAGAUGCCGUAUGGAUCAAUUCUUGUUUUCUUACCUGGGUAUGACGACAUAGUGACUAUGAGAGAGAGGAUAAACGCCGAAGAGAAGAGGAUGAGCGAAAGAUUCCGCUACAAUUUGUUUGUCCUGCACUCCAACAUGCAGACUUGUGACCAAAAGCGAGUUUUCAGACCUAGUCCUCAGGGGACGCGUAAGAUAAUACUGUCCACUAACAUAGCGGAGACUAGCAUAACAAUCGAUGAUGUUGUGUAUGUCAUUGACUCCGGGAAAGUGAAGGAGAAGUCUUUUGAUGCUAUGUCUGGAGUUUGCACACUCAGAUCCAACUGGAUAUCGCAGGCAUGUGCCAAGCAACGUAAAGGAAGGGCUGGCAGAUGUCAGAAUGGGAUUUGCUUCCGUCUAUUCUCUUCGGUCAGAUUCAAUUCCAUGCAGCCUUACCAAACGCCGGAAAUACUUAGGCUACCGCUACAGGAAUUGUGCCUCUAUACCAAACACUUGGCUCCUGGGAAUACUCCAAUAGCUGAAUUCUUGGACAGAGCAUUGGAACCGCCGUCUAACGCUGUUACCCGCAACGCUGUUCAACUCCUGAAGACUAUAGAUGCUCUAGAUCCGUGGGAAGACCUGACAGAACUUGGAAGUCACCUCUUAGAUCUACCUGUCGAACCUCGACUCGGCAAAAUGCUUUUAUAUGCAGUUGUGCUGAAAUGCCUUGAUCCAAUUCUCACCAUCGUUUGCAGUCUUGCUUACAAGGAUCCGUUUCUUUUGCCUUCGCAACCAUCGCAAAAGCGUGCAGCCACUCUGUCUCGUAAGGAUUUUUCAGCAGGUACAUAUUCAGACCACAUGGCUGUUCUGCGAGCUUUUCAAAGCUGGCAAACAGCUAGAGCAAACGGUAGAGAGCGGCUCUUUUGUGAAAAGAAUUUUAUCUCUGCUGCAACGAUGGAAAUGGUCGUUGGAAUGCGCACUCAACUUCUUGGACAACUCAGAGCCUCUGGGUUUGUAAGAGCAAGAGGCUCUGGCGAUAUCCGCGACCUCAACUCGAACUCCGAGAAUUGGGCCGUGGUGAAAGCAGCACUUACAGCUGGACUGUACCCAAAUCUGAUCAGGGUAGACAGAGAACAUUCGCAGCUUCGAACACAAAAAGAAGUCAAGGUAGUCUUUCAUCCUUCCUCCACGCUUCGAGAUAACCCAAAAUCACCUCGUACUACAUCCGCACAGACCCACUCUGCUAAUGUUAACGCUUUACCAUGCGAUUGGUUACUGUAUGAAGAAAUGAGCCGCUCCGGGCGUUUCUGUCACGUCAAAACAGUUACCCUCGUCAAUCCUAUCACAGUUGCGUUAUUUAGUGGACCAGCACGGUUACCAAUGGACGUAAUUUACGAGGCCGAAACUAUUCCUGAGAGUGAGUCGGACUCUGAGGCAGAUGAGGCACAAGAGGGAACAACAAUUUUGAAAUUGGACGACUGGGUAGUAUUCAAAUUGGACCCUGAAGCAGCUCAACUUAUUUUACACCUGCGACAGAAGUGGAACGCUCUGUUCCUUAGACGAAUGAAAACUCCAAGCAAACCUAUGUCGCAACUCGAUGAACAAGUAGUCAGAACUCUAGUUUCUGUUAUUACUAAUGAAGAACAAGCUUGUGGUCUUCAUCAACCAUCUGGAAUUGGGCAAAGACCACGUCCCUUGAUCGUUGACUAUUAUCCAGCCAGCGCUAGGCGGCCAGAUGAUUAUGAAGAGAGAAAUUUCUAGAAUUUUGAUAACAAAGACUUCAGGGGAUGGAGAAACUUACGAUUCCAGUUUCCUUUACUCCAUAGACUGAUUGCUAUGUCCCUAAACUUUCUCACUUGGAAAUUUUUUUCUUCUACUCAUUCUACCAAGCAAUAUUCUAUCAUAAAAUCAAACUAUGCAUGUGAGAAAUGUCGAGGAUUUGGACCUCUCGAUAAUUGGAAAACGAAAUCUCAGUAUAAACAAAGGAAAACUUCACAAACUGAAACGCGGAACUGUCGAAGCUGGAAUACCUGGGCAAAGAAAAAUUUAACGAGCGUAAUUUUCAUAUCACGAGAAGUUGGCUGAACCCUCUUGAUUCCGACAACAAGAGGGUACGGUACGGUAAAAUUGGCAGGGUAAGUGCUUGCUGAGUCUGUAGUGGAAAAAAUUUUUCGGAUCAUUUGUUGAUCAUUUUUUUCCAGCAGUUCAGAGUACUGGUAGCUAGGAACUAAUAUAUGUUACAGAACCCAUGAGUAUAAGUGGAACUGAACGUGUGCACUUUGAAAACUUGUCGUGAUUUUGUACGGUGAUAUCGUAAUUUUAACAUUAUGCUAAGGAAAGUGGCGAGUCGCUAAUUUUUAGUUCGUUUUGACGUUAUUUUUCUUAUCACUACAUAGUUGGUUUUAGCAAAGCCUCAAUUUUAUAAAACCAUAGAGCUGUGUAGGUCUGUUCCUACAGCUGGUGACUUUUAGCUUAUAUUGAAAAGUCCGAAUGUUGUUGAGUCAAUCAGAAAACAAAUCAGCCUCGUACAUUCUCACAUAUUUACAUGUUACCCAUUGCAAAUUCUAGGCCAUCGAUGGUAUUUGUUGAUAGAUAUUAUAUAAUGUGAUAUUUUCUAGUUGAUGGUCGUAAUUUCAGAUUUCAAUAACUGGUCUUAUAACAAUCGCAUGGAAAGUAUAUUUUUACGUUACAUACCCCUUAAUUUUAAAUCAUUAUUCACUAUAAGUGAUUGAUACUACUUUGUUUUAAAUAUGCGUGUAGUACUUAUACAGUUUCAAGAUUGAACUGAGCCCUCUAUUCAAAACUCAGUGACGGUUCCAGACAAAUGAGCAUUGUUUUUUUUUUCCGUUCAAUAAUCGCGCAAUGUAACUAAAUUAUGUGUAUUUAUAAUUACACAUUCUUACAAUGUUGUUUUUUAUUUUAUAUAUUUCAAGUCCGUCCCUCACUAAAUAUGUACAAAAUUUGUCUUUCAAAUACGUAGGUUGAGCUAGAUCCAGGUGAACGUAUGAAGUUUCUCUUUACUUUAUUUCCUUUAUUCUUACCAUGCAAAAAUCUGGUUACUCCUUCUUACUAACUCACUUUUUUUUACGAGAUAUAGCUGUAGGUACAUACCGUAUCAUAUAUGGUAUCUGAUGCAAACAAAUGCUUAAACGUAAUGCAUGUACACCACAGAGAUAAAUAUUUGUAACAAUUUUCGGUACACAAUAUCUUCUGGGAUCUAUAUUAUUUUACAGCUUCUUGUAUAUUUGUGAUACUGUUUUAUGUAUUAAUAAACGUCACCGCCAUACCAAAUAAAUUAAUAAAUAGCUAUCUUCUAGCAAUUCGUAAACGCCUGGGUGAAAUUGAAACAAGUAAUUAACUAACGGUAAUAAAUUUAACAUUUCAUAUCGUGCCCCCGAAUUUAAUUAAAGUACUGUACAACUUAAAAAAAACUGUAGUUUCCCUUUAUUUACAACGUUCCAUGAAAUCUGGUAAAUCAUUUGUAAAUAAUUAUUUUUUGGAGACACAAUUCGAACUCUGUAAUGAACGAGUCAUUUCGUACCAAAUUGACAAAUUUUAAUUUUCAGACGCAAUGGUUGAACGAAAUAUGAGUCAACGAUUUAUAGCUCUAACAUUUUGUAUUAAUUCGGAAUACAUAACAAUUUUAUGAACUGAA